AGUUUGAAAUUAUUGAGUUGAAGAGUGAAUGUUUAUAAUAUAGGGUGAUAAGUUUAAGAUUUGGUGUUUUAAAGUGUUGAUGUUUAUGUUAAAUUAUUUAUAAAUUUUGGAAGUUUAAAUAAGUGUUGGAUAUUAAAUCCAGGUAAAGCAUUCAAUAUAUAUAUAGCCAAUUUUACUAAUCAAAUCAGUAACGGCGAUGGCGACUGCGAUUUUUUCUGCGACAUGAAGAUUGGAUCGAUCAAUGUUGUUUUGGGAUUAUUGGAGGAUCAGAUUGAUGAGGAAAUUGGAUCUUAUGGCUCUCCUGACGAGUUUGGGUUGAAAUCACGAGCGGAAAUAAUGUUUUUUGGGCAAAAAUGGAUAGGAUCCGAUUGGAUUCUUCUGAUGAAGACGAAUCAUGGCGUAAGGAAGGAGGGGUUUCCUCGGUUGAUUGUGAUUGUGGCAGAUCUAUGGAUAAGGAAAGGGGAGACGGAUACAGGUUUUAAAAAUUUAGACAAGGAAGUUGGUGGAAAAGUUUAUGGCCAGAUUGAUCUGAUAGAUCUUUCAAGAACUAUGACUCAGGGGCAAUGGAUGGUUAAGUCUGGUGGUAAAAAGGUGCAGGCCCCAAGUAUGGGACUGAGGAUCUCGAUCCCAAAGUUUGAUAAUUCAGUUCUCAUUGCUGAAUACUCAAAAACGUUGAUUGGGAGAUGCAUGAAUCCUUUCAAGCAGGAGAUGAAGAUGCUACUGUUCCAUCUACCAAAGAUCUGGAAUGUCGAUGAGAGAGUGGUGGGCGCAGAUCUGGGCUUGGGACGUUUUCAGUUCGAUUUCGACCAGGAGGAAGACAUUGUUGAGGUGAUGAAGAAGGAGCCCUUUCACUUUGAUAACUGGAUGCUGUCUGUUGUUCGUUGGGAGCCGGUGAUGGAGGAGAACUAUCCUUCCAAGAUAACGUUUUGGGUUCGUGUCAUUGGUGUCCCUCCGCACUUUUGGGCUGUACCAACUUUCAAAAGCAUAGGCGAGGCACUGGGGGAGGUCCGAGGAGAUGACGAUAUUGACUUAGAUGAAGGGAAGGUUCGGGUGAUCAUUGACGCUUUCAAGCCUCUGGUUUUUUCGGUUACUGCGGAGUUCCACAGUGGUGAUGAGUCAACCAUCGCUUUAAGGUAUGAGAAACUGCACGGGUUCUGUCGAAUUUGCUCGAGUUUGAGGCAUGAUCAGUUUCAUUGUCCGACGGUGAAGAAGAGUACUGACGAGGAGACUGAGAUGCAACCUCCACAACCGGAGCAGGACCCAGCCAUGUUGAGCUACAAGGGAGCAGUGGAAUCACAGGGAAGAGAGCUUGGUGUUGAUGGGAAUGGAAAUAACCGAAGGCAAGGCCAUCAAGUCCCGAGAAACAGGGACUACAAGGGCAAGGGUAUUGCUUUUGAUAACAGCAAAUAUGAGGGCAAUAGUAAAUCGGGGUUUAAAAGGUCGUACAGAGAUCAAGACGGGGGCUACUCAAGGAAUCUGAGGCAGACUGGGCGGUUCCCACCAUCAGAGGCUCCAAUGAGGUACGCUAUGGAUACACGGGGUUUAAAAAAUCUCAACACUCAAGAGAUGGGGCAAAACUUGGACGAGCAACAAAAACUUAUGCUCGAUGCCUUUAGGAGCGGCAAGAGUGAAGAGACAAACCAUGUAUCAGCUCCACGGCUCGUAAGGCUCUCACCUUUGAAGGAAACAUCUCCGUAACUGCUAUGGAAGGAUUGGGUGGUACAGAUGUUGCGAGUGUUAUAGAGGGUGUAAGGGUGGGAGAGGAGGACCCUAAGGCAUUGGAGGAGAAACUCCUCCCUGACAGUCAUGGUGCUGAUAAGCAGAAGGAUCUUAAUAAAGAGGAGAAUGAGGGAGAGAAGAUUGAGGAGAUGGAGGGUCUGUCUGAAGAAACAUAUUCAGAGUUAACUGGUGAUGCAGCGCUUUCUGAGGCUGGGGAGCAGGAUGGCUCUGAACAUGUGGGUGAUGAGGUUUUUGCCGAGGCUGAUUUCGACGUGGAGGAGGAUGAUCAACUGAUGGAGACAGAAACUCAGGAGGUCUUGAGUGCGGUCGAAGGCAAGGAACGUGGAGGUGCUAAUAAGAAGAAGCAGGGGAAAGUUAAUGGAGCUGCUAUGGGAGGCUCUCUUAAGAAGAGAUUGGUGCAGAGUGUCGUCUCCCCAAGGAAGAAGCAUACUGUUAAGCAUGGUAGCAAGGUGGGGGAGAAGGGUGCACUACCCCCAAAGAAGGCUCCAGUUAAGCCUGUUCCUGAUCAGAACUAAAGAGUUUUUAAGGUCUUAAAACUUAAUGAAUAUGUGUUGGAAAAGAGUUAGUAGUUCCCAUGAUUUUAUUGCUGUAUUAUCUUUGUUUCCUCGUUAUGGUUUUCCUCUGACGUCUUCAGGGUGUUGGAAUAAUAAAUUGGAUUUAUUUUCA